AUGCUCUCCUUCUCCGAGGUCAGCGCACAUAACCUGAAGCAGGAUUGCUGGGUGAUCAUCCAUGGAAACGCCUACGACGUGUCGGGCUUUGUUGACGAGCACCCCGGCGGCGCGGCGGUCAUUUUGAAGUACGCGGGGAGAGACGCCACAAAGGCGUUUGACCCCGUGCACCCGGGCGACACGUUGACCCGGUACUUGCCUGCAAAGUGCCACCUCGGACCCGUGGACAUGACCACCAGGCCCCGAGGCCGGCCGAAGACAACGCCUGAGGGGGCGCCGAUGCCAGCGGGGACCCGGCGCUCGCCCGACGGCGCGGGCGCGAAUUUCGUGGCCGAGUACGACGUGGAGUACGACGAGCAGGACGGCCAGGACCCGCUCCCGGCUGCGGGCGCCGCCGGCGGGGCGGGCGUUAGCGCGGCAAUCAACGACGCAAACGGCACAAGCAAUAGCACAAGCACCAGCAACGGCGCCGGCGGCCUUGCCGAGCCCCUCGCCGAACACGGGCAGCGCAGGAAGGCCCUUGUCAAGGCCAAGCCCGCCCUCUCCCAGAUGUACAAUUUGCACGACUUCGAGUACGUCGCCAAGCACACCAUGGAGCCCACCGCGUGGGCGUACUACUCGUCCGGCGCGGACGACGAGACCGCGCUCCGCAACAACCAUCUCGCGUACCACCGCAUCUUCUUCAACCCCAAGGUGCUUGUCGACGUCUCGCACAUCGACACCAGCACCUCCAUGUUGGGUGCCAAGACACUGGUGCCCUUCUACAUCACGGCCACGGCGCUCGGCAAGUUGGGCCACCCGGACGGCGAGAAGGUGCUCACGCGCGCCGCGGCGCGCCAGGACGUGGUGCAGAUGAUCCCCACGCUCGCGUCGUGCUCGUUCGACGAGAUCGUGGACGCGGCCACCGGCUCGCAGACCCAGUGGUUCCAGCUCUACGUGAACGCGGACCGUGAGAUCACGCGCCGCUUGGUGCAGCACGCGGAGCGGCGCGGCGUCAAGGGCCUCUUUGUCACCGUGGACGCGCCGCAGCUCGGCCGCCGCGAGAAGGACAUGCGGACCAAGCACGUCGAGGACGUGUCGCACGUGCAAGGCGCCGGCGGGGCCGCGGACCGCACGCAGGGCGCGGCACGCGCCAUCUCCUCGUUCAUCGACCCGCGCUUGAACUGGGCGGACUUGCGCUGGUUGCGCUCCGUCACGGACUUGCCCAUCGUGUUGAAGGGCGUGCAGAGCGUGGCGGACGCGCUCACGGCCGCCGACCACGGCGUCGACGGCAUCGUGCUCUCCAACCACGGCGGGCGCCAGCUCGACUCGGUCAGGGCGCCCGUCGAGGUCUUGGCCCAGCUCGCGCCCGUGCUCCGCGCGCGCGGGCUCUUCGGCAAGCUUGCCGUGUUCGUCGACGGCGGCGUGCGGCGCGCCAGCGACGUGUUGAAGGCCGUUGCCCUCGGCGCCACGGGCGUGGGCAUCGGCCGCCCGUUCUUGUAUGCCAUGUCCACGUACGGCGACGCGGGCGUGGAGCGGGCGAUCCAGAUCUUGAAGGACGAGAUGGUGAUGAACAUGCGCUUGCUUGGGGCACCGCGCAUCUGCGACUUGGACAGCUCGUUCGUGGACGUGUCGGCGUUGAGCGCGGCCGCGCCGGACGACCGGCUUUUCAGCGGCGUGUACGAGCCGUUGCAGCCGCCGGAGUUCCGGGCCAAGAUCUGA